GCGGCGGCCGUGCUGGUGCUGGUGUCGACUGGUCACAGUCCCGUGCUGCCUCGCUCCCGGAGCCUCGCGCUGCUCUGCUCAGAGGAUAUACAGGUGACAGACCAUCAUCAGACAAUAAAGCGUUGCAUGGAAGGCAGCAGAAGUAACUCUCGUGUACUUAUGUACCGAUGUAGAUCAAAGCUGUGCGAAUAUUCAUCGUGUACGGAUCUGAAAUUCCACACAAGCACACGUUUGUCACAACCGAGUGUACCAGUGAUAGUGUGAGCAGCGUGGAGGAUCACUGCUAGCGUGUACAGUAAGGGUCACGCCGGAGAGAGAGAGAGAGAGAGAGCGAGCUUGGGGAUCCGCGAACACAGGAACUUGUAGCCACUCAGCCAGCCAGUGAGACAGGGAGAAACAAUGCCGUCGAAAAAGAAGCUGAAGUCCUAUUUAAAGAAACUGAAAAUGCCGCCUAAGGGCCAGGCGCGGCGGGAGUCAACAGGCUCAGGGUCAGCCAGCCCAGGGACGAUGGCUGCUGACUGCGAGUGGCAGGGGGAUGCUUGGAGGCGCCCUAGCCGGUGGUCGGGGCAGUGGGACCAAGGCACACUCUCCACGCCCACCACGCCUCAGUCUGUGCCGUCCACGCCUCCACCUAUGCCUGCACCUCCACCGGAGCCACAGACCAACCUCAUCAAGAAUCCUUCGGAUAUAAUCAAGAAGGAUGGCCCCAAGGACACAUCCAGCCCAGAGCCCUGGUGGGCCGCCGAGCAGCAAGACGGGGAGGAGCCUGCCGGGAAAGAAAGUCCAACUCCGUGGCGGAAAGACGGUCAGUCUAGGAAUGAAAGUCCUGGUCCACCUCAACAACAACGUCACAGGUCAACACUUACGCCAGACCCCGAUGACGACGAGGCCGCCUCACACUGCGACCAGACAUGGACGCCCGCACCUCCCAUGACCCCGGAACAAAGACAACAACAACAACAACUUCAACAACAACAGUACACCAACAAACCAGCGACUCCCGCCAAAGAUGACCAGCGCAAGGACAACAGUAACACUCCCUCGGAACCCAUGAACAUGCCCGCUAGUCUAGCUGUUUCUCUCCUGCAGGAGGAUAACACCUCCAGGUCAUCAUCCCCGAUGGUUGAGGAACAGUGGGGGACACCACAGGAGCACUGGAUAUCAAGUGCCCUCAAGCCUGGGCAAAAGAUAAUUCAGAAGGAGGAGGAGGAGGAAGAUUCAGAUGAAGACGAGUCUGAAGAAGAAACAGAGGAUGAAGAAUCAGAUGAAGAAGAAUCAGAAGAAGAAACCGAUGAAGACGAUGAAGACGAUGAGGAGUCUGUACCUCAGGGAGAGUCGUCUGGAGUAUUUACCAUGGACGCUGACGACCACCAGGAGGAGGAGCCACCAGUCACGAAGGCCAAGACUCUCACCAAGACCAACACCCCGCCUCAGAAGUCUAAGCUACAGAGUCUCUUGGGUGCAGACUUCCCCAGCACUGACCCACAGGUCACUGAGGCAGAAAACACUGCCACUCCACCCAAGUCCAAGCUACAGGAGCUUUUGAGCGCUGGUUUUCCUCCCUUUGUGGAAAAACCAUCUGAUCCUCAGACUUCCACCUCACUUGAGAAAAAGUCUGAAACACAAGAAAACGUCAAUGUUGAUUCCCCUGAUGUGACUGGAAAGUCGGGGGAAACAGAGGAAACUACUUCGUCACCAAAAUCAUCAUUCGUUCAAGAACUAUUGAACGCUGGUUUUCCAGGCGCUGAAAAAGAACCAGGAGAGAUGGAAAGUUCUGCCAUCAACUUUGCGGAGCAGAUGAAUGAUAUUGUAAAUUCCUUUGAGCCUCAGAAUAACGAACAAACCUCAAAUACCUUACAUCACCUGCCAGAAGACCUACAGUUAGACCUGCAUACAGUUGAAGAACAGCUGCCUCAGUCUCUGGAGGAAACAGCAACAGAUCCACAAAGUACAGAGACUGUAGAAGUGACGGAGCCGCACCUUCAGGACUCUAACACUCAAGAUAUUUUAUCCUGUGACCCAGAGACCCAAGUGACUAAGACCAACAAUUAUCCAAACUUCGAGUCCAAAAUCAUAGGAGAAGAAAAACUAAAAAAUGAGUACGACCAGUAUACACCGGCGGUUUAUGAAACAAAUGUUGAAGACAAAGCUAACGAUAACGACGAGGGUAACGAAGAAGAUGACGAAGGAGAGAAGGCAGACCAGAUCACGGCAUUACCGAGUGACAGUGUCUUGUACUGGUGGGAGCAGCCGGAAGAGGAGCCUGUCAACACCAAGGAGACGGAGCUGAUGUGGUGGGAGCAGCCAGCAGCGGAGGAGACCACAGACAAGAAGGACUCGGGGCUUAUGUGGUGGGAACAACCUGCAGAGGAGGAGACACAACCUAAGGCCUCCAACAGUCCCCUGCCAUGGUGGGAACAACCUGAACCUGAAGUCAAUAGGGCAUGGAGUCCAGGCUCACCAAUUUUCAAGAAAGAUGUGAUGGACCACAUGGAAAAGGACACGGGUAAUGAGGAGUGGUGGAAGAAAUGGGACACGCGAGCAGAUCCCACGCCCAUCACGCUCUCCAGGGUGAGGAAGGCGGCGCACGUCACACCCUGGUGGGAGACGCCCCUUGAACUGGAUCCUCCCAGCACGACAGCCUGGUGGGAGGACGCACUCGUUGCCACACAGGGAGAUGGCAAAGGACCACCACCACCACCACCUAUGCCAGGGAUCCCUGCCCCACCACCUAUACCAGGAGCCCCUCCCCCACCACCCAUGCCAAGGAUGGGACCUAAGAAGGACAUGUCAAAUGCCAGGAAGCACAUGUUAGAGCAGAUCAAGAAGGCUGCCAGGACGCGACCAGAUUGGAACACUCUUCUCAGGAACAUUGAGGGUGGCAUCAAGCUCAAGCACUUAUCACCCUUCGAGAAGAUGGACAGAUCCAAUCCCAUGUUGCCCUCUUCUAGGGGCAAAGGUGGCAAGUUUGUGUAUGAGUCGGAGAAGCCACUUGCACACAAUGAGCUGCUGCGGGAGAUUCAUCGAGGCGUCAGACUCCGCAAGGCAAGAACCAACGACAGGAGCAGACCAGACUUCAAGGCUCUAGGUAUACGUAAGUUGCGCCGUCAAAUCACGACAGAGGAGCAUAAGAAGCAACAAGACCCCAUUGAAAACAUGCCAUCUUCGUCUGAUGAGGAGGAAGACAUUGACAAAAUGAGAGACGACCUUCAGGCCACUAAAGGACAGUUAGAAGAUGAAAUCAAGAAGCGGAAAAAGACAGAGAGAGAAACCAAGAUAUUAAAAAUUGACAUCGAGGGGCUUCAGGCAGAGGUGAAGAAGCUAAAAAGGCAACUCAAGGAAGCAGGAAUAACUGAUCCUAAACCAAUGAUGAACGGCGAAGCGGAUGAAAUUGUUCCCAAGUUAGAAAAAUCAAUGAGUAAAUUACGUAUGCGUGAAGAUGACGUGUUAGACUUCACUGAACUUGACACACUGGAGACUGAAAUCAAUAACUUCAAGACACAAGUAGACUUCCAGAAGAAACAGGCCGAUGACUAUCUCAAUAAAUAUGAUGAAGUUAUGCAGAAGCUGAUAGUGUCAGAAAAUUGUGCCGCAGAAUGGGAGUUGCGUGGCAAUUAUUACGAGAAAAAGUAUAAAGCACUGCAGAAAGAACAGGGCAUCGAGUUGCCAGAUAUUGAGACAAUGGGAACUCAAACAGACCCCAUAGACUUCGUGGAGCCUCCGCCACCAUCCCCGGCAGAAGAUGAAGAAAUGAGACCUUUCCCGAUGCCUUCAAAGUCUGGGUCAAGGAGAAGUUUUGCCUCAUCAGUCAAUAGAAUGCAAAGUUUCAAAGAAGAGGAAGAGGAGGAAGACGAGGAAGAAGAAUCAGAGGAAGAGGAAGAAGAUGAAGAUGAAUUGGAUGAUGAAGAGGUAGAAGGUGAGGAUGAGGAAGCAGCAGCAGAAAGGAGAGCUGAAAAUGCAGCAAAAAAACAAGAAAGAGAGCUGAAGCUGUGGAUAAACAAACUUGAUCAUAUAAAAGAAAAAGAAAAGAAUGUACAAAACGAAAGACAAAAUCAGAGAGAAAGAAUAAAACAAUAUUUCCGAGACAUGAAAGUUGAAAGACAAAAUUAUCUAAAAACAAAAGCAGAAGUUGAUGAAAUGGUUACAACACUCAAAGAUGAUGGAAGUGAAGAUGAAAAUGAAGAUAGUGAAGAAGAGGAAGAAGAGGAGGAGGAGGAAGAAGAGGAACUGACAAAAGAAAACGAUGAGGAUGGUGGAUGGUGGUUUGAUGAACCAAAUCAGAAACCUAAGAAACUGAAGAGGAGAAAGAAGAAGAAGGUCAAUGCUGAUGGUGAAGAAGAGGAAGAUGAAGAAGAUCUUGCUGACUUGUCUACUCUAGAUGAACCCGUAUGGAGUGAUUCGGAACAGGAGGAAAGUGAAUCGGAUGACGAAGAAGGAGAAUACGAGGACAGAUUAAACAAACUUCAAGAACGAACAAAGGAACACGAACUUCACAUGAAUGCCAUAAAAAAGAACAAUUAUAUAUUAAAGACGCAGGCAGAACAGUGUGAUGAAAUGUUAGCUAAGGAGAAGAGAAGACACAAGAGACUGGAUGAACAACUACACAUAAUAAUGUCUGAGAUCUCUUAGCUAUCCUCACCUGUGUGAAUGAUGUGUAUUAGUGUUAGAAAGAAAUGGUAAAUAAGAUUUCAUUACUUUAGAUUUAUAUUUAGGGGUACUGGGGGACAUAUGCUUAAUUAGUCUCUAAAAGAAUAUUAUGUACAAGCUUCUGCGAGAGUAUGGCUGGUGAGAAGGAUUUGUUUACCAGUAUGUCAAGAGUAUGCUCAGUAAUACUUCAUAGGGUGAAUGAUUAUCAUUCUGUUGAAAUGUGUACAUGGCAUUUUUUUUCUCAACCUGAAGACUGGUAGCCAUUUAUUUACACGAGUCUUUGUAAUGACCAAUCAGAUACUUAAGCUCUGCUUAAUUCUGCUCUAGUCAAUCCAUGUGGAAACAUUGCCAAGUGUAGACUAGUGCAUUUUUUCUCAGCUUAAAAAAGAUGCCCCACCCCCUUCUCAAGAAUUACAGCUGACUGGCAGUUUCAAACCUGUGAUGUAUUUCUAAAUGAGUUUAUUCAUAAUCGUUGGGAUGACCGUUUCUGAUGAGAAAGAUAUUCAGCUAAAUUAUAUAAAGAUCAUACAUUCAUUAUUUCAAACAUAAGUACUUGUACGUAGGAAGUUUAUCAGAAGUAUAUAUAUGAAUUAACUGUUAAACUCUCAUAGCAAAUUCACAUUUUCGGAGGAUGCAUUAUAUAUAUACUAAGACAAAUUACAUAUGAGUAAUUCUCCAUUAUACAAAAACUCUCAUUUUAAAAGAUUAGAAUUACAGUGGUCCCUCGGUUAACGAGCACAAUCCAUUCCAGCAGGUUGCUCGUUAACCGAAACCAUUGUUUCAAUGGGUUUUUGGGUAAUUGGUUCCAGCUCACCGAAAAUUGCCUAAA